AUGGCUCGCCGUCCCGCCCGUUGCUACAGGUACUGCAAGAACAAGCCGUACCCCAAGUCGCGCUUCAACCGUGGUGUCCCCGACCCCAAGAUCCGUAUCUUCGAUCUUGGCCGCAAGAAGGCCAACGCCGACGAAUUCCCGCUAUGCAUCCACCUUGUCUCCAACGAGUACGAGCAGCUGUCCUCUGAGGCGCUCGAGGCCGCCCGUAUUUGCGCCAACAAGUACCUCGUCAAGUCUGCCGGAAAGGAAGGUUUCCAUCUCCGUGUCCGCGCCCACCCCUACCACGUCGUCCGUAUCAACAAGAUGUUGUCGUGCGCUGGUGCCGAUAGAUUGCAGACGGGUAUGCGUGGUGCCUUCGGAAAGCCCAACGGCACUGUCGCCCGUGUGAACAUCGGCCAGAUCAUCCUGUCCGUCCGCACUAGGGAUGCCAACCGCGCCAUCGCUCUUGAGGCUCUCAGGCGAUCCCAGUACAAGUUCCCCGGUCGCCAGAAGAUCAUCGUCUCCAAGAACUGGGGCUUCACCAGCCUCCGCCGCGAGGACUACGUCACCAAGCGCCAGGAGGGCCGCAUCAAGAUUGAUGGUGCCUACGUCCAGUUCCUUGGCAACAAGGGCAAGCUCGCCGACAACGUCCGCCGCUUCCCUGAUGCUUUCUCCGCAUAG